AUGCCCCCGCCGGGCCCCGCGCCCUACAUCGCCCGGUGGUGCCCGGCCCUCGGCGCCCGGGAGCGCGGCACCGCGGCGCUGCUCGCCCGGCCGGGAGCGCUGCCGCCGGGCCGUCCGCCGCGCCCGUGGGUUCCGCUGGCCGCCGUGCCCCGGGAGGGGCCAAGCGGCGGGGUUCGGCCGCCGCGCUGCGGACGGGGGGCUGCGGCGGGACUGGCGGCCCCGCGGCCGAAGCACGGUGGCGGCAGGGUCGGGCGAUGCCCCUCGGCCCUGAAGACAGGUGGCAGCGAGAGCUGUGGGGGUGCCCGGUCACGGCGGCUCUCGGUGCGGUCAAGGGGCUGCGUCGGGCAUCCGCUGCCCUCGGAGGGGGCCAGGACCACAGGCGGGAAAAAAACACCGGCCGUGGACGGGGUUACAAUUCCUAACCCGGGCCUAUUCGGGUCUCUCUCCCGGGGCGUGCCCUCACCACGGCCACUCGCCCCACCGGCUCCCGCCUCAGUGCCGCGGGCUGGGCCCGUGCCUGCUGCCCCGAAGACCAGAGAGAGGUUCCCGGUCCGUGGAGCGAGCGAGAGCCUUCUCUUGGCAUCACCUGGACCCUGCCCCCAGCACGCAGCCCUUGUCCCGGCGCCAGCAGAGGGGCGGCCCCUGAGCCAGCGGCUUUGUGCCUUCCCAACCCACGGCAGCCGCUGGCAGCACUGGCUGCGCUGCCGAAGGAACCGGCCAACCCGCUGGGCUGGGGGUGCGCUGGAAAAGUGGGGCAGGGACACCUCCUGCGAGGCUGUGGGCAAGAUUGGGAUGGAUGUUUCUAGAGCUCCCCAGGCACUUCUGAAAUGAAUUUUGGAUGCUUUUCCACACUGGGAUCUCCUCUACCCUGCUGCCAGGUUGGAGGUCACACUAAAUGCAGUCAAACUGAUGGCUUUGGACUACUGUAAUCCAUUUGCUGCAGUGCCACAUGGAUGGCACCUUGGUAUGGCUCUACCCUGGCUCUGGAGGAUCACCCUGGCAGCUACCUGUGUGGGGGCACAGCUGGCAAUGUACUCCUACCGAAGGAUUCCUGCCCCAGGGAUGCCCUCCUGUUUUAGCAGACAUUACUCUGGAUGCUGUCAUGCUCCUCUUAGGAUGCUCUUUUUCUCAUCAAGGUCAGCUGUAAGU